AUGGCCACUCCAACAACGAUUUCUACAACUCCAAUUCCUGCAGGGCCAAGUCCUGCUUCUGCUGUUAUCGCCACUCCAGACGCAUCUACUGUAUCCCCCGCCACUUUAUCCUCCCCAGCUACUAGUCAAGUCAACGCUUCUCCAACAACUUCUCCAACGACUCCUCCAACGACUUCUCCGUUGCCACCGGUCAUCGGUAUAGCAACUUCGUCCACCUCGUCUGGCGGUACUCAAAAAGCAAAAAAUACACAGUCUACCACUACUGCUCAUAGUUCAGUCUCAUCAUCUCUCACCCCAACUACAAAGUCAAGUGCAACAGCUUCGCCAAGUAAUCGACUUUCCAAUGGUGCAGUGGCAGGAAUAGUCGUAGGGGUGGCCUUGGGACUAGCGCUACUUACAUUCCUGGCAACUUUUGUGAUCAUGCGUCGUCAACAACGUUCUAAAGGAAAGCGGCGCUACCCUCCGUCCAAAGACAGCGGAGGACGCGAACUUAAUACACCCCGACAGCAGGAUUCAACACCAAUAACAAAGAAGCCAUUCACAAGCGAGGCAUCCGGUGUAUCUGGAACAUAUGAAAAUUAUCUUCCUCAGUCGGCGGACGACAGGACUAUACAGCAAAAAGCGAAAGCAAUCUUAGACCAGAUUGAGCUUCACGUCGAGAACUUUUACCGGAACUCGUCUUCCUCUGCCUCUAGGCCCGACAAUGCGGAAUUGGCGGUAUUCGACUCGCCAUAUCUGCCUGCUUCUCUUGCGUCUCUCCUCCCGCGCUCGAAGAACAGAGUCAACAUCAUGAAACACGCCCUCGCACAGUCUGUCACCUCUUCCAUCUCGCCGAGCGCAAGUCCUGCGCGAUCACUUCUCCCCAACGAAUACGCGCUUCUGCCAAACACCAUCACAUCGGCCAGGUCUAGUGUGUCUACCAAAGCUGGAUCCGCCCAAAUCAUGUCUCGAUGGCGUGUAAUGACCGCCUACCUGCGACCUGAUCCUAUCAAUGACGCCACCUACAUGGCUCAGCGCGAUCAAAAAAUCAAUGAUACCGUCCAGUCUUUUGCUAAGGCUUUUGCGCCAUGGAAAAGCACAGGAUACAAGGAUGAAGAACGGGGGCGCAGCUUGUCGGCGAUCCUGGAAGACGCCGCAACUUUAGGCAUAUUCUUAUUCUCGCAGCCAUCGACCCUCCCAUUCCACUGGCCAUCCUCCAGCGAGGUGGGGCCUGGCAGGAUCGUUGUCUCGCCGGCGCUGAUGAAAACGACUGACGAGAAAGGGCAAGGUUUGGUAGAAUCACAGGUCAUGGUCAAUCAGGUGGUACUAGAUGCAUGA